GCACAAAAUUAACAACUGACUUUGUUUUGGUCGGUUUCGGGGAUUUCUGACCCUUCCGAUUCUCCCGCUUGCCUCCAAGACCGAUUUUGCCGGUCACCCGGUCGUGUUAUUUAACCUAUAUGUAAGCUGGCGCCUCUCCAGCCUCGCGCUCCUCUCUCUCUCUCUCUCUCUCUUCUCUUUCUCUCUCUGCAAUUGAAUCUCCUCUUGUGUGAAUAAUCUGGCUAUCCCACCGCAUUUCAGACGUUUGGAUAUUGCAAUUGCUUGAGUUUCCUCGUCUGGGAUGGGAAGGGUGAAGCUAAAAAUAAAAAGGUUGGAGAAUACAAAUGGUCGUCAAGCGACUUAUGCCAAAAGGAAGAAUGGCAUCAUGAAAAAGGCAAACGAGUUAUCCAUUCUAUGUGAUAUAGAUAUUAUUCUUCUUAUGUUCUCACCAACGGGCAAGCCUUCAUUAUGCAGGGGAAUGCGCAGUAGCAUCGAAGAGGUUAUUGCAAAAUUCGCACAGCUAACUCCACAGGAAAGGGCAAAAAGGAAGUUGGAAAGCCUUGAAGCACUCAAGAAAACAUUUAAGAAGUUGGACCAUGAUGUAAAUGUACAAGAAUUUCUCGGUACGAGCACUCAAACAGUUGAGGAUCUGACUAACCAAGCAAAUGCAUUGGAGACCCGACUUUCUGAAAUACAUAAAAGACUUAGCUAUUGGACUAACCUCGAUAAGAUCAACAGUGUAGAACAUUUGGGGCAAAUGGAAGAUUCACUUAGGGAAUCACUCAACCAAAUUCGAACACAUAAGGAAAAUGUACAAAAGCAGCAACUGAUGUCAUUAGAAUGCAGUAGUCAGUUCCAACAUGGGAUGCAUAUACCCUUCACAAUGGGUGCUGAGCAACAGCUCCAACCUUUCUCGUGGAUUCCUAAUAAUGACAGCCGACAUUUAUUUGUACCUGAGGACCCACACUUACUUGCCCAUAGGGAUGUGGAGUGCUCUACGACUUCCUCCCUUGGGAGCUACUCUGGUUACUUUGGCACUGGAAAAAAUUCAGAGAUUCCUAAUUCUGGGCAAGAAAAUGGCAUGAUGAAUGAGUUAUCAAGAAUUGCCCCUCUGAGGCUACAACUGGGCGGGCAAUAUCCUUACUUGCCAUACAAUCUCAAUCUAAUGAAUGAUAAUACUAAAUUCCAAACAGCAGUACAGAUGAACCAACCAGAACACCCUGCAGAUUAUCACGUUAAUGGAAGCUUUGAAACGCCUAGACCAGGGUUUGAGACUGCUCAGCAUAGUUGGGCUUCCACAUCCGGGCCUUGUCCUAUUACUAUGUUUGAUGAGCAUUUAUAUAAUCAGGCUGUUGCGACAGUUUCACCUUUUUCUCCCCCACCAAGCAGUUUCUGCACAACCGAACUGAGAUGCAUGAGCUAUCUGAGCAUUUGUCCACAGAAGGUGUUCUUGAACUUGGAUCUACUCAUCCAUUGAGAUUUCUUUUCUCCUUUUUUUCCAAUGGUUAGCUUUGCCAUGAAAACAUAGGAGGCAAGAAAGCAAGUGAUUUAUAUCAUAGGACUGCCCUGGCAUUAGUCACUGGCCAGAAGCAUUGAUGCUGACUCCUUCAACUGAUUCACCUCAAUUGUGAUACUAAAUCUUCUGUAUACGAAUCAUAUAGUUAUAGGUCUGAUAAAUUGUUUUGCUUCCUUCUCCAUUUUUUUGGGUGUCAAAAGGACACUAAUGGCUACCUAAAUAUGCCAUCCUUUGCUCCCUCUCAGUAACAUGAGCUGUAGAUAACAUAAUGUAUAGCAAUGAUAGUUACCCAAAAUUACAAAUAUGUUCUAAGUAUUUUUGUUUUGAA